AGAAAAAAUUCGUUUGUUGCGGCUAUUUGUGCUCGGCUGUCCAUUUCGCCGCACUUGAACCCAAUUAUGCAGACGCUACUGCUGCCGGCGGCGACCUCCGGCGCAUUGUCCUCGCCGGUGGUAGGUGGCUUCCGGCAACCGGGCCACCUCCGCCGGCUGCAGCCGAUCCCAGUCAAAUGCAGCACCUCGCUCCCCUCUCCACACUCUCUCUGUGACCUUAAACCCUACAAGUCUAAUCUCUUCUCUCCUGAAUUUCUCCUGUCGUCUCAUCGCGGUCUCCGGAACAGAGAAUCCAAGCUGUUCUUCGCUUCCUCAGGUUCUCCGGUCGCUCCCGCAAGUGACGAUUCAGACAAGGCUAAGCUUUCUCAGGUAGCGAAAAGAUUAGAGAACACUUCGAGGUACUUCAAGAGGUUGGGGAAUUUAGGAUUCUGGGGGCAGCUCGUGUGCACUGUGGUGGCUGCUGUUAUCCUUUCGUUUUCUGUAGUAAUUACUGGGAAGAUCACAUCACCAGCCACUUUCUAUGCCACUGCUGGUGGGAUUGCUGCUGCUUUCAUCUCGAUCUUCUGGUCAUUUGGUUACAUUCGGCUUUCAGAGAAGCUUCGCAAAACUGCGAAUGAUCCUUCAAAGGCCCCACCUCGUGCCGAUGUGGUGAAGAGUUUGAAAAAUGGGAUAGUAUUGAAUCUACUAGGAAUGGGUGCUGCCAUCCUUGGCAUGCAAGCCACAGUAGGGUUGUUGGUUGCAAAAGCUCUCACUUCCUCAGCAAACCCUUACUAUCAAGGAAUCUCUCCCGGUUACAGCCCUGUUCUCGCGUUAGAUGUAUUCCUCGUGCAGGCAUCAGCAAAUACCAUCCUUUCUCAUUUCUUGGGCCUUGUUUUCUCAUUGGAGCUUCUACGGUCAGUCACGGUACCUCCAACAGAAGCCAUUCCGAUGCCUCAAACUGCGUAAGAUGCAUGUUUUUGUGUUGCCAAAGAUGUUUCAUACUUUCGCUGUAAGGAUUUUGUAGUGAUAAUGUACAAGCGGAAUGUGAAUCAUUUGAAUUCCGUAGUCAUGUACCUCUACUGAAACAGAGUGCUUGAGCUCUAGCUUGUCUGAAGGAAGAAUAGUCAAUGGUUUUCAGUUAUGUUGUGACA